UACUGUUGCUUUAAGACCGCCGAUGACGAAACCAGAGAAAACCUGAAGGAGGAAGCAGGAAGUCUCCCUUCUGAGACGGGGAGCCUCGGCACAUAAACAAAGCCAAUAAAACACAGAACUCCUCAGAGACACUUUAAAAAAUAUUUUUAUUUUAAAAAUGGCCGGAAUUAAAGCAUUGGUUGGCUUGUCGUUCAGCGGUGCCAUUGGACUGACGUUCCUCCUGCUCGGCUGUGCACUGGAACAGUACGGGGUGUAUUGGCCGCUGUUUGUCCUGAUUUUCUACGUGCUGAGCCCAAUCCCGACCUUCAUAUCCAGACGCCUCAGUGACAGCACGGAGUCCAGCAGCGCCUGCAGAGAGCUGGCGUACUUCAUAACGACUGGCAUCGUGGUGUCUGCGUUUGGGCUCCCCAUCAUCCUGGCCCGAAAAAACACGAUCCAGUGGGGCGCCUGCGGUUUGGUGAUGACGGGAAACGCCGUCAUCUUUCUCACCAUCCUCGGGUUUUUUGUCGUCUUUGGAGGCGGCGACGACUUCAGCUGGGAGCAGUGGUAGACUGUUUAUGGGAGGUGUGCAGAUAGUCUAUAUGGUAGGGGGUUAGAUAUCUUGAGGAGCACGUGUUGUCCUUCGCUCAAAGGGAGAUGCAUCAAGAGCAAAUAUUUCAACGUAUUAUCAGGCUGACUUCUUUGUGUUUUCAAUGAGGGACAUUAAGCACAGCCCGCGUGUGCCUUCUUUAUGUGCCUUUCCAUGUGAGACCAAGUGAUGCCUUCACACGCCCUUAAGUAACCUUUACAUUUGAGCGUGUUUUGCCUUAACUUGUACCCCUUUUUGCUCCACCUUUUCUAUAUUAUCUUUAAGUUAAUCAAUAUCAUAAAGGAUUGUAAAGCACACUGAAAAGCAUACUGCACUAUUUCCUCCUUUUCAACAGAGAGGUGUCCUUACCGUUGUGGAAUAACAAGCAACUAUGAGUAAUCAGUUUAUGAGUUUUUCAUUUGUGUUUUUGCAAGCUUUGCUUCUCAUCCCAGUGCAUGUGUUUACCUCUUCACCAAAGACAAUGUCGGACUGCGAGUGAGCUUGUAGGCUGUGGUUUGAUCUAUCCAGUGAAAGUAGCUACAAGAAAAGCCUUUAAAUGGUGGCAAAAUAGUAAUGUCGUAUUACAAACUGACUUUGUACAUUUGCUUUUAGGUGAAUACAUAGCAUAAACUUUUAUUUUUGUGUGUGAAAAUCUUCUUUUUUUGUUGUUGUUGUUUUCCUGUUAUGUUUUAAGGAUUACAGCAAUAUGUAACUAAAUGAAAAUCACAGCCUCGUACUGUUUUUGUUGUGGAUGAUUUAUGGGAGUCGCCCCUCAUCUGUAAGAGAACUGCUCGCUGUCCUGUACAAUUCACGAUUUAUGUUUAGCUUUCUUCUGCUUUAUUUGGGAAAUAUAUAUAUUCUAUUCAACUGACACCUUAAAUACACUCUCCAGGACAAAUGUUUGGUAUCUCUGUUGUGACUCCUGUGCCUACACUACAACAGCCUGAAGAAAAAAAAAACAUCUUUUUUUAAAGCUUACGACUGCAUUUGUUUUCUAACAUUGAUUAAAACUGUUUAGAAAAUUCA